AUGAACCCCCAACUAGUCGGGAUCCUGCUGGGCACCCUGCUGGGGGCUGUCUUGGGAAACUGCAUGUGGUGCUUUGACUGCAGAGGCCCUGGCAGCUCCUGCAAAGAGAUGGUGACCACCUGUGCGAGGGCGGGCGAACGCUGUGGCUUCCUGGAGCGCAGACCCCACUCAGGCUCUGGACAGAUGAAACUUUCUGGGAACCCCUCAGUGACCGUGAUUCGUCAUCGUCCGGCCUGCAUGGAGGAGCGUCAUUGCAAUCAAGUGGAAACCGAGAUGGUGGGAGAUGUGACUUAUACAACCCAUAGGGACUGUUGCCUCGGAGACCUAUGCAACAGCGCCGUGGCAAGCACUGUGGUCCCAGCAUCCAUCCUGACUGCAGCAGCCACUGCUCUGGCCUGGCUCUUGCCAGGGCUGUGGAGAAGGUAG